AUGGAGCCCCAAAUUCGCCGUGAGAACCUCGCAUCCGUCUUCCAUCCCGGUGAUGUCGUCAUUUGCAAGCACAACAAGUCGCAACCGCUGUCCCGGCUACUAGAGGGUGACGAACAACACUACCUAACGCAUGGUCUCUGGGACCGAGCCCGCCGCUUCGCUGCAUACUACUACUUCAAGCACGUUUCCGCGCUCGAUUACGCCCCAUGGUGCCGUGAUCCGCAGAAUCUUCUGCGUGGCGCCUCGCGAAUGGUCCUGUUCGAUGACGACAGCUGGCUGGUGACGCGCCUGACGCCCCAGCCGGCCCUCCUCGAUCACCCGUGGCUUGCCGGUGCUGUGAUAAACAAGAUCUACUCGGCAUAUAUGGACAAGCAGAGGCAGGAUAUUGCUUUAUCAGCUUAUUUUCACGCUGCUACCCCCGACAGAAAGCCUCCACGCAGCAGGGUCCGUCCCCCACCGGCCGAUCAUCAUGUCGUUUCUGUGUUUGAGAACAAGGAACAAACUAUUUUUGUGAUCAUGGAGAUGGACAAUGAAGGAGAAGUGAUGUUCUACCACGACUGUUUGCGUUGCAAAACUCUGGCGUGUGAUCAGUGUAUGGAGGUUCUAGAGAACGUGGCGGUUUUCGGCCGGAAAUACACACGUGUCGAGUGA